AUGGAAUCGCAUCGCGCUCGAACACCCGCCGAUGGCCCAUUCAGUGCCAAAUCAAACACGAUGACUCGUGGUCGACCAACUGAAACAUUUCGUCAAGAUUCAAAUAUGGGAAUGAAUACGGUAAGGGCACCAUCAAUGGUGGAGGAUUUGUUGACAGCUAAUUCACGGCCUUUUAAUGCGGGUGAUGAAGUGGAAAGACCGCAUCACAGACGCAGACGACGUAAACGAAUUGAGGUCGUUGUUGAUAAGCCGAAAGUAGUUAUACCGCCUCAACCAGUGAAGAAGGAAGAGAAGAGUGGUCGAACGAUAUGGCGAAACAUCGUUUGGUUAAUCAUUUUAUUCGCAUAUUCACUUAUUGGUGGAAUAGCAUUCAGUGCGAUUGAAGGUUAUGGUAAUUUCUUUCCGAGGACGCAAGCUGGUCAGAUAUUCUCAAUGAUGUACGCAUUUUGUGGUAUACCGUUGGUGUUUACGAUUCUGUUGGAAUGGGGCUUUCUGUAUUUCACUUGGAUUGAGUACUUCUGGAAAUGGAUCAACCAGAAAAUGUUCUCGCACAGUAUGGAAGCACAUCUGAAGAAACGUAUCGCCAAGGAACGGUACAAUAUUUGCGUAUGA